AUGCUCAAGCGUCCGAGUCAACUCCCAGAAGAUCUCGACCAGCGAUACAAAUGCGAAACGUGCCUGGGCCACCCCAACUACUGCCAGUCGUGCAUGUGGCUGACGCAUCGGUUCGUACUCACCCACUCGAUAGCAAAAUGGUCAAAGAACGACAAGACCUGGAUCCCAAGCACCCUCAAGGCUGCGACAAAGCAGACCCCUGUGCUCGGACAUUGCGAUGGUAGACCAUGCGGUUGGUUUACUGAGAUCCCGACGCGCAUCACCCUCGUUCACGAGCACGGCACGGUCAAGAUGGACGUGCGCUAUUGCUGGUGCGGAACGCAUAAGAAUCAUAAGGAGGUGUACAAACAAGGCAUCGCCGUGCUGUUUGGAGUGUGGCCUGGGACGUGGACGGAUGCAAGUCCUCGAACGCUGUACACGAUCAACGCCUUGCGAUACUUGGACGCCCACCUGACUACCGCCCAAACGAGCAUGCACGACGAGUGGGAGGUUUUGAAGCGCCUGACGGACUCGGCGACCCCGCAGAAACAGAAGAGUCGCGUGCGGGAGUUGUUGGAGAGCAUGCGCCACUACGCGUUCGCCGAUAGCUGUCUGCACCAUGGCGUGAAGCCACCGGCUUUCAACGAGAAGGGUGAGGCCACUGAGGUCCUGGAACGCAACGCCUUGGCGACCCUUUGUCCGCUGUGUCCUCACCCCGGUAAGAACAUGCGGCCUGGCUGGGUCACUCGCAACGUCAUCUAUAAGUACUUGGACGAAUGGUUCAUCACUCUCGACGGCAAUUUUCGUCAGCAUACACGCAUGAAAGCCAUGGAUAGCAAGGAUUUCAGCCUGUACCGCUCGGCGGCCUACUUCGUGUGCAACGUAGGGCUCAAUCUUCAUCUCCAACGGGUCGGGAAAAACGACAUAGAGGCGUCGGACUGUCAUAGCUUCAAAGCGACCGGGUACUCCGGAUACACGGGUCAAGUUUCGGGUCUGAUUGCUGGUGUUUGUCGACACGGACUUUUUGCGGGCGGGAGCGUGUUGAACUUGGAGAAGGGCGAGCGUUUCGCCAUGGUGGAUUACGCCUUGAUGUCGGCCGGCAAGCCGUUCCUUGGCCUCAAGGGAUGGAAUGUCUGGUACGACGUAGGCUGCCAGUUCGUCAAGAAGCUGCCCGGUCGCCUUGCUGCCAUGAUGAAGUACGCUGGCCAGAUGCUGUCCAUCGGUGCCGUCACUGUAUUGCCAUCCAUCGUCGUGAACAUAGGGGACUUUCACCUCCGAGCCCACCAACAAGACUGUCAAACGCUCUACAACGGCAAUCUUCGCUCCGGAACAGGGCGAAGCUACGGCGAGAACUGCGAGCCUGGGUGGGGGCAUCUGAACCCCAGUUCCGCUCGUGCCAAGGAGAUGGGGCCUGGGCUACGGAUGGACACGUUAACCCGCAUCAUAGAGAUCUUCAACAUUGCGAAGAUCAAUCGCAUGGCCAAAGAGCUCGUGCGUCUCCACAAGAUGGCCGCCGCGCGCUACAAGGAAGACAAGUCGUAUCUGAAGAAGCUGGAGAAAAGUGUGAGGAAGAAGAAACCGAAGUUGCUGAAGGAAUGGAUGGCUGAGGAGAUGCAAUGGUUGUCGGAGAUCGUCAACCCGAUGUUGGACAAGAAGACGAUCAACAACCCCUUCGUCAUGAAGGUAGCAGAGGAUCUCAUAACCAGUCUGUCGGUGUUUGAUUACACGAAGCCCAGCCAGUUCAAGGCGCGCAAGAGAGACUACGAGAGCUUCCUCAUCGAAGCGGAGAACGCUCAGAGGACGUAUGACCUCCACAUCACGCCCAUCUUCAAGGCCGCCUGCGAACGGUUGCGAUCGAACGCGCCACAAGCCGAUACCUGUUAUCCCAUGGCUGAAGAGGAAUCCGUCGCGCCUGCACCCGUCGACACGAGCUCCAUCAAAAGCGGCUCCGUCAAACGUUGGAUCAAGGAGAUCGAAGCGGUGUCGGUCCCCCUCCCCUCCAGCUAUCACUCGUCGAUACGAUCCGAUCCGACGAUGAAGGCAGCUGUCGCAGUGGAGAGGCGGAUGCGCGAAGGUCAAGCUCGAGACACACUCGAUGAGUAUCGCGUACUCGUAGCGAGCCAGGUGUCCUGGAAGCUGAUCGCGACCCAGAAACCGGCCACGAGGAAGAGAACCCAGGACGUGCACCAGAAGGUGCCACUCACGCAACGCGUUCUCAAAGAGAAGGAGUACUUCGAGCGGUACCAGAAGUUGCUCGUGCGCUUGGGCAUGAGCGAAGAUGAUCAACUGCAACGCUCCAUCGACAUCACACCUGAGGACGGGGAGGACUGGGCGAUCCAUCAAGACCAGCGGAAGGCGGGGGCCACUCACAAGACGCCUAGCUGGAUCUGGGGCGAUGUGCAGUGGAUAUUUAGUAUCAAGAACGACGUGCAGCGAGAUUACGUCUUGGCCAAGUUCAAGAUCCACUGGUUCAGAUGCCGAGCGUCCGCGGCGCGGUGGCAUGAGGAGGUGUACCUUCGCCGCGAAGAGAUGUAUCGAAUGCUUGCUAUGCUGGGAUACCAGAUGGAUACAAUGGAACGUAUAGCUGACGCCGCCGAUGCGGCUCCCAAGGAGGACGGCAGGGAGGGGGAGGCGGUCUUCUACAGACGGUGA